GUUAAAAUAUGUGAUCAAAUGAGCGAGUUCUUUGUUUCGUGUUCACACCUUUGAAAAGAGUGUCAGAGUGUUAGAUUUCAUAAUUUAAUGCACAAAGCACCCUUGGGCUCCAAAAAUAAAAGUCCUGAAGAAGAAGAAUUCAAUCACCAUGAAAAGUAAAAGUUUUGUACUAAAGGUUGCCAGUGAAGAGAAGAAAACUUUUUUUUUAUUGUAAUGGAGCCUUGGAUUCUUGCCUAACAAGGUAAAACUAUUAACGCAAGCAAAGGUCUUAUUUUUUUUGAUGAAUUGGCCAUGAACUGUGGACUUGAUGCUUUGUGGGCUCGAUCAAAAUGCUUUUUCUCAAUCAAAAGAACAAUUUGAAGUGGUACAAUCCGGUAUGAGAACCAAGAGUUUCAUGAACAAAAGAAAAUUCUUUGGUAUUCCAAGUAGAGUAAGAAAGAUGUUGAAGUGCAUACGUUCAGGGGAGCAAGUGAAAAUGGAUGAGAUUGAUCAUUCAUCAGAUUCUCUGGCUACUAGGGACUAUUCAGCAAGUGGGUAUUCCUCUAGACCAGGAGAAGUUGAUCCAAAGCUUGAUAAUAGCAAUAUUGAAGAAGCUGAGUCCUCUCUUCGUGAAAGUGGUUAUCUAAACUAUGAGGAAGCAAGAGCUCUACUAGGAAGACUAGAGUAUCAAAAGGGUAACAUAGAAGCUGCACUUCAUGUAUUUGAAGGAAUAGACAUUGCAGCAGUGAUUCCUAGGAUGAAAGUAUCCAUUUCUAGAAGGUGCGAACAAAAUAGACGCCGUUCACAGAGUGAAUCUGUUCCACAUAUGUCCAUGCAUGCUGUUAGUCUGCUCCUUGAAGCUGUUCUUCUCAAAGCAAAAUCAUUGCAAGGCCUUGGACGAUACGAAGAAGCUGCUCAAUCUUGCAAAGUUAUUUUGGACACUGUAGAGUCUGCUUUGCCAGAUGGUUUGCCUGAAAACUUCACUUCAGAUUGUAAAUUACAAGAUACUUUAUGUAGUGCUGUUGAAUCACUACCAGAGUUGUGGAAACUUGCCGGGUCUCCAAAUGAAGCUAUUUUAUCAUACCGAAGGGCCCUUCUCUAUAAAUGGAAUCUUGACAUAGAAACUACUGCAAAACUUCAUAAGGAGUUCGCGGUUUUUCUUUUGUAUAGUGGUUGUGAUGCAAGCCCUCCAAAUCUUCGGUCGCAGAUGGAAGGCUACUUUGUCCCGAGAAACAAUUUAGAAGAGGCCAUUCUGCUGCUGCUGGUUCUACUAAGAAAAUUAGUCCUAGGAAAGAUUAUGUGGGACCCUUCAAUCAUCGAUCAUCUGACUUAUGCUUUAGCGGUUUCAGGUGAGCUAAAGGCACUAGCUCAUCAGGUUGAAGAGCUGCUGCCAACAACAAUGGAAAGCAAAGAAAGAUGUUCUACUCUUGCUUUAUGUUACUAUGGGGAAGGGAAAGACAUGAUUGCUUUCAAUCUUUUAAAGAACAUAUUGAAUAAUCGAGAAAACAAAGACUGCCUACUGGAGUUAUUAAUGGCUUCAAAGAUAUGUGGCGAGAAUUCAGUUUUCAUCGAGGAAGGAAUCGAUUAUGCUUGCAAAGCACUUUCGAUUUUGGAAGGAAAAUGCAGUCAGGUUGUAAGUAUGUCAAAUUGCUUACUUGGUGUUUUAGUGUCAGCUAAAUCUCGUUCAGUUGUUUCAGAUACUGACAGGGCUGUGUUGCAAUCGAAAGCACUUCAGGCAUUGGAAACUGCUGAGAGAACAAUGAGUGAAAAUAAUCCUUAUGUUGUGUUUCAUCUUUGUCUUGAAAAUGCUGAGCAAAGAAAGUUAGAUAGCGCGCUUUAUUAUGCAAAGCAGCUACUAAAACUCGAGGCGGGGUCUAAUGUUAAAGGCUACAGUCUUUUGGCUCGAAUAUUAUCAGCCCAAAAACGUUUUAGUGAUGCUGAAACUGUUAUCAAUGCUGCUAUAGAACAAACUGGGAAAUGGGAUCAUGGCGAACUGUUACGAACUAAAGCCAAGCUCCAAAUUGAGCAGGACCAGUUAAAGAAUGCUAUUGAGACAUAUACUCAUCUUCUUGCACUUCUUCAAGUUCGGAGUAAAAGUGCUAGUGUUGAGAAGAGGAUUCUGAAGACUAGAAGAAAACAUGACAGAGGCUUGGAAAUGGAAACAUGGCAUGAUUUGGCCAAACUGUAUAUGAGCUUGUCGCAGUGGACAGAUGCUGAGGUCUGCCUUUCGAAAUCUCAGGUUAUCAGUCCCCAUUCUGCAUCUAGAUGGCACUGCACAGGCUUACUCUAUGAAGCUAAGGGUCUCCAUCGAGACGCGCUGAAUUCAUUCAGGAAAGCAUUGGAUGUUGACCCCACACAUGUACCGAGUUUAAUCUCCACUGCCUGUAUCCUCAGACUGCUCGGUGGCCAUCCAUUGCCCGUUGUUAAAAGCUUUCUCAUGGAUGCCCUUCGAAUUGACAGAGCAAAUCCUUCUGCCUGGUACAAUCUUGGGCUACUCUAUAAAGCUGAUCUCGGGGCAUCGCCACUAGAAGCCGCUGAAUGCUUCGAGGCUGCAGCACUUCUUGAAGAAACUGCACCGAUCGAACCCUUUAGAUGACCAAGACCAACUUUACUUACAAAUUUUUAAACCUGUACGAUAAUGAAUUAUAAUUUAUAAAAAUAUGCUUUAGUGUAAACUCUUCUGAUAGCUAUGUUUUCGAUUAUACAAGAAGCAAGAAUAUCAAAGCAGGUAAAGGUUUUUGUAUCAAAA